UCCAAGGGCCCUUUGGCCCAGCCGGGAAACCUGAAAGCCCCGCCCUUCCCGGUGGUCCCCCAUGGUGCAGCGCGCGGUUGCCUAGAGACUUCUUUAAUUCUCUCUGUGUCGCGCAGACUUAGUGGAGGCUGAAUGAACAUAUAUCUGUUGGGCUGGAAUGAAAGAUGGCUAAUGAUCUUGAGGUUGAUUUCUAUAGUCAACCUGUGAUAAAUAUCAGAUUGCCAGAUCUCAGUCAGUUGGAUGAGACCACCUGCUCACAGCUUGUUUGCCAGCAUCCACACUGUUGGGCAGCAAUCCGAAGGCUUCAAAGAGGCCAUCCUCGAAUUCUUCAACCAAUUUCCAGACCUCCUAAGAAAAGUGAAGAUGAACUGCCAACUCUCAAGAUAGUGGACUUAUCUUUACCUGAUUCUUUUAUUUUGGCCAAGAGAAUCAGUGAUUCGGUCCCAUUUUUCAAGCAUCCGCCUUCUUUGAGUGGAGACUCUAAACUUGAGUCAGAUUUACAAAGCAGUGUGGAAGAACCUUUGUUAGGCUUCAGAUCUCUGAGAGACUUCCAUGGUAGGGAUUUUGGCCAGAAUCGUCGAAAACCUGCCAAACUCCCAGUGCUGAAUUUGAAUUCAACAUAUAUUCCAAAAUCUCCAGAUGGUGGGAAUUUAGUUAUGGUAUGGAUCCCAGAUGAACCUGUGAAAUAUAAGAGACCUGACCAGAAAUGUAGGACAAAAUUGAGCCCAGUACCUUUGAAGAAUAACAAAGCUAUACCAAGCUCGGAAAGGAUCAGCAAAAGAGCAGCUCAGAAGAAAAAGAAAACAACACAAGUCCCUACUGGUGGGCAACCCUGUUCUGCCCAAUUGAUACAUCGAUGGCUAAAGGUGCUCCCACCAUCACCAGUCACCAUGCCUUCGAAUAUGGGAUCCCUUUCUUCCUGGGAUUUCACAUUCCCCAAGAAGUCAUUAAUGAGCUCUUUGUCUAAUGAAGAGAAAGCAAUUGCAAAGAUGGACCAAUUGGAUGUAAUAGAUGAAGAGAGCCUUUUUCACAAAAGGCAUCAAUUUAAAUUGUCCAAGACAAAGAUGAUUCUGGCUGUGCACAGAAUAAACCUUCAGAGCCCAGUGUUGAGAUAUCCAGCAAAUAUGAAAGAAUUACAUUCUAGAACGGCCAGAACAAUUCCAAUAAAGAAAAAAGGUCUCAAGAUUCCAAUGCAGAAAAGUGACAGAGCUGCCAGAGAGCCAGGCCUUUCAAAGAAUGAGAAACCACAAAGUUCAGAGAUGGAGCUCAAGGAAUCAAAGAAGAAAAAGGAAUUUUUGGCGUUAAAUCGAGUUUCUCUCACUCGCAACUUUCUGCCUCAAAAAGACAGUAUUGUCUCAGCAAAGGAAGAGCAGAUCCAGAAACACAGUGUUGUUGCUGACAAGGCACAAGUGCAGAAGCCUAAAGCUCAGAAUGUGAAAACAGAGGAAAGUUCUGAGGUUCCCUUGGCUGUUGAUGAAAAGAAGUUAAAGGAGGAACCUUCAGACUCCAUACAGAUUCCUCAGGCUUCUGAAGAGCAAGAGGAUGAACCACCCACCCCACCAACUAGCCGAGAAUGAGAAUAGAAUAUUGAAGAUGUCAGUCGUACUUGUCAGCUCCAUCCAAGAGGGUAGUCAGUCCUCUCAGGAUAAGGUUGACUCCUCCACUUUUCCAUUGGGAAAAUGAGUUUCUCUUUGGAGCUCUUAGUCAGGCCUGUACUGUGUCUGUUUACCUUCUCUCCCUUUCUACCUGUUUCUGGUCUCUGGCUAGGUGUUAAGAAAAGGAUUUAAGGGCUUAAGAAAAAGGGGAUUGAAAAAUAGGUUCCUUUGAGCCUAAGAAGGUUGUGUUAAUCAGAUCUGGAUUAUUGUUCUCAAGUGGUUCUGAUGUAAUGAUUAAAAUAGUCAUUUUCAUUCAGAA